GCGGGAAGACGGGGUCGUAGGGGCAGGCCUGCGGCCUAGCGCUCGGCCGUGUCGUCCUUGGAAGGCCAAUGCCGCCCACCUGCUGGCGGACUGCAGACGCUGCCGCGCGGGCGGAGCACGGCCGGGGUGUAAAGUUGUCUUAGAGCCCGGGCUAGGCCGGGCGUCCGUCCUUCCGGCCCCUACGUCUUCCGUCCUGCCAUCUUGGCGCAUGUACGGGGACACACGCAGGCCGCACGUCGUUACGCUCGGCUCCCGCCCCGGCGCGCCGAGGCGCGCGGGUGGGCGCGGCCAUCGCAAGCGCACCUGAUUGGUCCGUUCGGCGCGCGUAGCCCCGCCCCUCGACCCCUGGCUCAGCGCCUGGCAGGACAGUCAGGGAUGAUGCAGAAGAGCCCCAGGAAGUGGAGUGAGGACAGAAAGUAGCAGGAGCUGCAGAAGAGGAGCCAUGACCAGAGCAGAUGGGCUCUGGGGACGCCUGUCAGUCUGUCCUCCAGUGCUCAGAGGAUGUGGAGUUUUUCAGUGAUCCCGUCUCAAAUAUUAGCUGGCAUUCUCCUCUAAAGAACACUUUUCUUCAUCGACUGGGGAUGAUUAUAGUUCUUCCUUAAAAGGAUGGCUGCUCUUUUCCUCAAGAAGUUAACAUUACAAACCAUAAAGACUGAGAAUUGCUGCAUUAGAAGAUGUUUGAGCAAAUACAUCUUACAGGGGCCGGCCUCCCCAAGACCGCCCCGCCUCAUUCACGCGAAAGCUUUCAGCACUGAAGACACCCAGGAUGAGAGCACAAAGAAAAAAAAGAACGAGACGGCUUUCAGUAGCGUUGGGAGAAAAAUCAACGAGCGCAUCAUUCACGUGCUGGACGAACAGGGCAACGACCUGGGCCACAUGCACCGGGCAAACGUGAUCAGGCUCAUGGCUGAGCGGGACCUGCGGCUAGUGAAGAGGGAUGCCAGCGCGGAGCCCCCGCAGUACCAGCUCCUGACGGGCGCACAGAUCUACCAGGAGCGGCUGCGGCUUCGAGAGGCAGAGAGGGCCGCGCCCAAGCCGGGACCCACCCUGACCAAGGAACUGACUUUUUCUUCAAAUAUUGGACAACAUGAUCUGAACACAAAGAGUAAACAGAUUCAGCAGUGGAUCGAAAAAAAGUACAAAGUCCAGAUUACAGUAAAGAAAGGGAAGAGUGCAGAUGAGCCCGAGGACAAAAUGGAGGAGAUGUGUAAUCGAAUAGUCCAGGCCGUGUCUGGAAUUGCAACCUUCUCAUCCCGGCCUCAGCCCAUCAGAGGAGGCAAGGCUGUGAUGUGUGUUCUUCGUCCCUUGAGCAAAAAGGAGGAGGCUGCAUGGAGAGCAGCUCCGGGCACCCCAAGAGGAGACGCUCUGAACAGGGGAGACGGGAAGGACGGAGCAUCUGGUGUCCUGCCCCAGUGACUUUAAUAAACACAUGCUUCCAGGGGAGAGAAACUGCAUUGGCUGGUCUGCGGUCCUCCAUACAGCGCGGGCGGAUGUGCAGCUGCAGUCAGCACGGCGACGUGGAGAGCGCGUGGCCUUCCAUGCAGCUCACCGGCUCCCCAUUCCUGGGCAAAGGCACAGCCUGGCCCUGUGUCCUCUUAGGAGGAAGGUACCCACUGAGCCGGGAGGCCAGGCUCCGCUUCCCACGAGACGGCCUCACCUUAGGGAAUAAGGAAGACAGAGCCAGUCAGGCCUCAUGUCUGCAGGUUCUGCAGCUGGGUCAACCAACAGCCCAUCCAAAGUGUUUUUAAAGAAGGAAAAAUUCAGAAAGUUCCCAAAGUCAAAGUUUGAAUUUGCUGUGUGCUGACAACAAUUUACACAGCAUUUCCAUUGUAUUAGGUAUCAUAAGUAACGUAGAGAUAAUUCAUGGUACACAGGAGGAUGUGCAGAGGUUACAUGCAAAUACAGAUGACCCUGGCACUCAGGGGUAGGAGGGCAGGGGGUUAGGCACAUGGACACGAGCACAGUCGAAAAUCUACGUAUACUCAAGCACCUGCGGACUCCCCAUGGAUACCAAGGGAUGACUAACUUUAAUUCAAAAUCAAAACUAUCAGAAUUGUAUGCCUGUCAGCUAUGCCACUACUGCAGCAUACAAUAAAACUCGUAAAUAAAGAUGUGAACUCCA